AUGCAGCAACAGGCCCCUAGUAGUCUCUCGAAAGAUAGCGACAGUGAGGUGUCUUCGCGGGAAGAUGACCCAAAGAAACCUCGAAACCCCUGCCUCCGAUUUCUACGUGACAACAUAUUCAUGCUGCUCAUCCUCGUGGGCGUCGCUGUCGGUUUUGGCGUGGGAUUUGGAGCGAAAAAGUUGACGGAUGUGGUUCUCGCGGAAACCUGGAUUAAAAUGCCCGGUGAUCUUUAUAUACGACUUCUACAACUGGCCAUCUUGCCCCUAAUUUCGUCUAAUCUGAUAAUAGGUAAGCCGUUGUCUCAGUUGCCACACUUUUUAAAAGACCUGCAAAGAUCUCCAGCUAGCAGUACGAUUAUUUAUGCUGAUGGUUGA